GUUUCGCUGAUAUUCCUGCAUCACAACAAACAGUCUUGUGGUUUUGUAGACAGAUUUCUCGUUAAUUUUCUUGCAUGAUAGUUUAAUUACCUAGCCUAGGUCUUAAAAUGGAUGUUACAAACUGUCAGGAUGAAAUUGAAGACUUAGACAAUGAUACAAAUCUCAUCUCAGAACCAGAACCAGUGAUUGGUAUUGAAGAGUUACCAGAUGAUGAUGAUGAUAUUUCUGUUACUGAAACCCCAAAACUAAUCCUGGAGGAGUCAACCUCAACCGAUUCAGAGCUUCCCGAUCCACAGUUACAAGAACCUACCAGCACUGGACGUGGAAGACCAAGGAAAUCAGAUACUCCUAAAAAACUUGAUGAUGUACAACAAUCAGACAGUGAAAGGAAAACAGAUUUUAUGUUAGUUACCCCAUCAUUAAAAAGAGGAAGAGGAAGACCUCCAAAUCCAUUCAAACUACCUAAAUCAGAUGGUCCAAAAAAAGUAGGACGGCCAAGAAUUCAUCCACCGAAAAUACCCAGUGGUAGAGGUCGGGGAAGACCAAGAAUACACCCUCCUCAUCCUCAGUCAGAGGGUAGAAGAUUUGCAAGACCAUUUAAUAUGACUAAAUCACUAGAAGUAAGAUUAGUGAAGUGUACAGUAAGAGAAAGUAAGAAGAAAGGUAGACCUCCAGGUUCAAAAAAUAAGAAGAAAGUUAAAUCCAUGAAGAAUGUCAUCAAAAGACCAAGGGGCAGACCUCCAAAAUCUGAGAGCAGUAUUAAAGUCACUUCAAAAGAAUCAAACAGUCAAUUUAUUUCAAAAGAAUCGAACAGUAAAUUCACAUCAAAAGAAUCUAUGAGUUAUCAAGAUUUUGUAAAACAAGUAAAUGAAGAGUUGUCUGCUAUCAAUGGUACAAGUAUGGAAGAUGAUAUCGCUGAAAACGAUGAUACAACAACAGAAAUGGAAUACUCUGAUGAUGAAAGGGAAGAUGAAUACUUUGAUGAUGAAUGGGAAGAUAGUAUUAUAUUUCAUGAACGGCAGCAAGACGAGUCACCAUCACCAAAACGUCGUGCUGGCAGGCCCCCAGGAACUAAGAAUAAACCUAAAGAUGAAAAGCUUUUAUCCCUAAAGAAAAAGAACCUAGGAUGUGGAAGUCCAAAGAAAGAAAAAAGAGGUAGAGGAAGACCCCCUAAAUCUUUACAGAUACCAAUAGAGGAAUCACCCACUGUUAAAAAGCCUGGUAGACCUACAGGUUUUGGGAAGAAUGAUGAGAAUAAAACACGUCUAUGCAAGGGAGAUGUUAGUUACACAGAAGCUGUGGAAGAUAUUAUAGAAGAAAUAUCAGACAGUGAAUAUGAAUAUAUGUCAGAGGAGGAAGAAGAACAACCAGUAAAAAGAGGCCGUGGGAGACCCCCAAAGCAAGAUUUUAGUUACACAGAGGAUGUUGAAGAUAUGGAAGAACAAUCUGACAGUGAAAUUGAAUAUAUUUGGGAGGAGGAAGAAGAAAAACCAGUUAAAAAAGGCCGUGGGAGACCCAAAAAAAAUAAAGAUGAGGUGGAAGAUGUUCAGUCAAUAAAGAGAACCCCUGGGAGACCUCUGAAAUCUGCUUAUGAGAAGGAAGCAGUACAUUUAGUUAAGAAAGGUCCUGGGAGACCUCCGAAAAAUGCUAAUGAGGAAUAUCAGGUACAUGCUGCGAAAAGAGGUCGUGGGAGACCUCCUAAAAGUCCAUAUGCCAAGCAAGAUGUUAAUUACACAGAGGAUGUUGAAGAUAUUAUACAAGAACAAUCUGACAGUGAAAAUGAAUAUAUUUCAGAGGAGGAAAAAGAACAGCCAGUAAAAAAAGGCCGUGGGAGACCUAAAAAAAUAAGUAAUGUGAAUCAAGAUUUACAGCCAUUGAAAAGAGGUCCUGGGAGACCUCCAAAAAAUUAUCAUGAUGACCAUUAUGUACAGCCAUUGAAGAGAAGUCCUGGGAGACCUCCAAAAAGUGCUAAUUCGCCUGGGAAGAGAAAAAGAGGUCGUCCAUCUGCAUCUGAAAGUAAAAAAUUAAGAUUGAGCAUUCCGGGAGUAACAAUCCCAAGGAAAAAAGAAAAUAAGAAGAAAAAUGAAGAUCUAGUGAUAGGCAGGAGGUUCAAAACACAUAUAAACUAUGCUGCAUUGGCAGAGGGAUUGGACAUUGAGGACAAAGAAGAUUCAAUAAGUUCUGAAGCUGACACAGACAAUGUUAAUAUGAUCGACGAGUCUCAUUCUGAAUACGAGACAGGUAAUGGUGAUAUGUCUAAUACACAUUCUGAAGACAGUCAUUUAAAUUUAAGUUCGUCAGGUAAUGAGGAGGAAUUCCCCAAAAUAAUUAAUGAAAAAAGAAGCCCUGGCAGACCUAAAAAAACUGACAUUAUAUGUACUGAAAAUACAUUAAAUAGUGAUAUCAUGAACUUUUCCGAAAAAAGGGGAAGAGGAAGACCUAAAAAUUCUGAGAGGAAGCGUCCUGGCAGACCAAAGAAAAUAGCCAAUUUUACAAGUGAUGAUUCACAAGAGGAAAGUUCUGUGACAGAAGAAGUUUCAAAACGUGGUCGAGGGAGACCUAAAAAAGUAACUAAUAGUGUAGAUCUGACUAGUGGUGAUGGCUUUGAACAAAGCAAACAAUCUCCCAGUAAAUCAAACAUAAUUCAACAUGGAGUAAUCAAAAGAGGUCCUGGUCGACCUAAAAAGGUGGCACCAACAUUGGAUAUGACGUGUGAUGAGGAGGACGGAACAGGUAUCAGUGGUAUUACCAUGGAAGGUUGGGAAGGAUUUACUGGUGGUAUUGAUCAAUCCAAGGAAUGUCCAAUAGAUAUAUUGUGUAAUGGUUCAUUAGCCAGAGAAGAAGAGGAUGUUAUAGCAAAAAAUGCUCCAGAUUUAAUAGAGUCAAAUAUAGAUUCAACUGAUGUUAGUGAAACAAAUACAAACAGACAACCAGUGAGUUAUAUAGACGAUGUUACCAUUAUUGAUUCAGACAACCUACAGCUAGAACCAUCACCCAAACCUGAGAAUAACUUAAUACAGAAUAAGUUAGAGAACAUUGCAAAACAGAUCAAUUCUAAUACAAUAGAAUGUACAAAAUUAUCAUCAAAUACAGACAGCUUAACACAAGAUAUGAUUAUACAACCACUAACAAUAAACUCUACAUCACAACUGAUAGCAAUUACUGAUUCACAGCCAGUUUUUAAUAACAACUCUGCACCACAAGUAGUGAUGAUAAACUCAACACCACACCUACUUGUAAAUUCAACAAUACAGAUACCCACAUCAAGUUCUGUACCACAUAUUGGAAUACAAGAAUCUAAUUCAUCUUCCAGUUCAGUGGUAACAGGAGCUGUUGUGCCACAGGAUAAAGUGAUUUCAGAAACAAUAGCACAGAGUUCAGAGCUUGGUCAGGUAUCAUCCUUAUAUCUAGAUGUGUCCAUUUCCUAGGCCAUCCAGUGGGACAAAAUAAGGCAGGGCAGCUGAAAGGUGGAAUAGAACUAUUAGUAUUCUGAGCAAUGUUUGCAUUUAAUUAUAUAUUAAUAAGUUUUUGUCUGUUCAAUAAUUCUAAGUCAUGCUUAACGGUGUCAGCCUUUGAAAUUUUUAAAAUCAAACUUUUCCAAAUUCAUUUGUCAUUAGAUUAUAUAAAAUACGUUUAAAAAUAUAGAAAAUGAAUGUAUAUUUGUGUGCUUGCUGUUUGAGAUAUGAACAUUUGAAGAAAUUUAAUUUUUGACAAGAAAAUAAUUUCUCCAGAAUUUGUAACAUGUAGGAAAUGUAUUCACAAAAUUGAAUAUUAAAUUUAGUAGAAAAAUCUGGAAGGAAUAACAAGAAUUGCUAUUUUUUGUUUGUUUUGUAAAAUGUGUAUUUAAGUUUUAUCACUAAAGAAAUAAAACAAAAUACAAUAUAUUGAAACCUUUUUAAACCAAAACCUACAUAAAGCAUAAAAGCAAAUUUAAAUUAAACUCAUCUUUUGAAAUUUAAUCUGUGUCUUCUAUUUAGACAUGAACAGAUUUCAUUAAAUACUAGUUACUUAGCAUAAUUUUUCAAAAGUUUGCUUUAAUAGGAAAGGACCUGUGGAGUUAAAUAUUUUUAUGAAAAAUAAAGAUUCCAUAGCGGAGGGGGCAUUAAGUUUUACCCUUGUCCAUCCAUCUGUCCGUCCUGAAAUUGGUUUCAGUUCUUUGAAUUUGGGUGGUGUCACUUUUACCUUUAUAGAGUAACGCCCCUUUACAAAUGGAAAAAUUGUUGCUGAAUUUUUCGUUUCUGUUCUCUAACUUAAGUUUGCCUUAACCAAAUGUUAUGAAUCUUUUACACAAUGGUUAUUACCACAAAACACAAAUUAAGGUUGAAUUUUGGUGGCGUCACUUUUACCAUUCUAGAGUUACGCCCCUUUACAAAUGGAAAAUUGCUGAAUUUUUCGUUUCUGUUCUCUAACUUAAGUUUGCCUCAACCAAAUGUUAUGAAACUUAUACACAAUACUUAUUACCACAAAACUCAGAUCAAGUACGAAUUUGGAUAUGGUCACUUUUAUCGUUCUCGAGUUAUGUCCCUUUGUAACGUUAUAUGCAAGGGGCAUGAUCUGUGUCCCAUGGACACAUUCCCCAUUUAUGUUUUUGUAUAUUAUAUAUAUUGUUAAAUGAAUACAAGCAAUAGUAAAUUGAAACAUUGUAUAUAUGCUUACGACUGUUACCAGUAUUUUGAUUCAUAAGCCUGUUGAGAUAGUUUUGUUGCUGUAUAAUUUUUAGGCAGUUAAUUUGUAUCAAAAGCAUAUGAAUAAAGAAUGCUGUUUCUUAUGUUCACACAAUUAUUUGUUAGACUUUAUCUUCGUAAGGGAGAUUGUUAGAAGUUACAAUGUACAGAGGCUUAUAUGAACAAUUGUUUCUUGUUACACAAAAAGGAUUGUUAAUUAUGAAAUUGAUUUUUAACAUCAAGUUACAUUGAAAAUAGUUUUUAAGAUGAUAUAUACUGUUAAAAUUUUAUACUUUUGCUUAAUGUUCUAUGUGUAUAGGACAGUAAUCAUUAUCAGACAUCAUAAAUGUACUUUAUUGCCACUAAAGGUUCUGUUAUUUGAGCAAUCAUAUAAACAUGAAUGAUUUUACAUCUUUAUUCAAGAAGAUUUUUUUUUAAAUGUAUAGUAUUAGAAUAUAGUUAUGUUACUAUAUAAGAAAAAGAGUGGGCACAUUGUUAUGAAGUACAUUUGCAAUUUUAUAUGUUAAAAAAAUGAUUGCUGUAUAGUCAUCACAAGGUAUCACUUGUGUUGUUGUUUUUCUCUUUACUUGAACCACUCAAUAAAAACCAACUAAACUUCAUAUGAUCUCUUGUUGCAUUAUUGUUAUAAAUAGUACGAGAAACGGAUAGCUUUAAAUGUAGACAUUUUAGCAAGUAGCAUAUUGUCCUUGUAACUUUUUAGGUCCCUUUUAGUCAUACACCUACUGACAUUUGUGGUAUUAAUAAAUUCAUGGCUUUCUUUUUAGGUAGAUCCACAAAAAGUGUUUUGGACACACAAAAUAUUUCAAGUUUUAAUUUCAUUAGAAGACCGCUCCUUUUUUUCUGCACAUGAUCAAAUCAGCAUUCAUCAGAAACUCAUUCAUAUUAACAAAUCUGGAACUAACAAAUUAUUUUUGUUAUUACUUUUAUUAUUUGACAUGAAUAAUCAGCCUGACUGAAUGAGGGUUUAUGAACAUUACUUUUAAUAGUAACUGAUUAUCUGCUUAUUUUGUAUGACAGGGAAAACUACCUACAGUUGAUUUAGCCUCUGAAAUUGGUAAAUUGAUUGCAGAUCUUUAAUAUGUUAUGAAAUGUGAUUUUUAGGACAAGGCUUUGAUAAGAAAUGUCCUCUAGAACUGUUUUCAAAAUGUCUUUCAUGACUUGCUCUCCAGAAUUCUCAUUUUAAAUAACAUGCUGAAUAUCAUUGUAACUAUUUAAGAAUUAUGUUUUCUUUGUAUACCUACAUUAGCUAGCUAUAUAAUUACAGUCAACUACACCAGCUUCACUGCUUGUUUAUAUUUUAUGCCCUGUCUACAAUAGUAAGGGGCAUUUUGUUUUCCUGUUUGUUUGUCUUUGCAUCCGUCCAUCUGUUUGUUCAUUGUCCAGUAUCUGGAUUAAGCUUUGGUAUAAGGCAGGGGUUAUAAAUGUUUUGGUUUAAAGUAGUUUAUCAGGAAGUUGGGCUAAAAUCAAUUUGAAAAACAUGAUGUGAACUUUUAAAUGUAUGCCAAAGUAGGGUUUUCACUCAGAUUUCAUGGUUUGAUGAACAUGUGUAACAAUUUUGUGGAUUAAGUCUAUAAAGAAAUUUAAUAACAUUUGGAAAUAAAUGCAAAUUUAUAACAAUAAGUAAAUUGACUCAGAACGAAUAUUGCAAUGAUUAAAGCUCUUGCUUAACUUUGGUAGUUAUAUUUUACUACAACCUGUACAAAAAUCACAUUAACCUUGUAUAAUUUGCCUUUUCCAAAAUUUCACAAAUGUACACCUUAAAUAAUAGAUACUGUCCAUUUCAGCCAAAUAUCAGAUACCUGUAGACAAAAAAAAAUUAUGUAGGUCUUGUUUGGAAAAUACAAGUGAUUUGUGUGCCAUGAUAUUUUUAGUUAUCUAGGCAGUGCCAGUCAACAAAGUCUGAUAUGUUUGGGGAUAUAACUGUUAUCAUUAUCUUGAACCAUUUUGAUUCUAAUUAUGUACCCAGUAUAGCUAGUAAAGGAUAUUUUCCAUAUUUUUCAUUCUUGUGCUUCAGUUAUAUGUAAUCUAAAAAUCAUUUUACUUUACACUGCUUUUGAAGUUUGCUUAAUAGAAUGUAAAUAACUGAAGCCAGGGUGUGAUAGAGGAUAUUUCAUUUCUAAUUUUUUUUUACUAAUACAUGUAGUGAUUCAUUGAUAAUUAAUUAGUUAGUAUAUCUGUUAUUAUUCUAUUCACAUGUGAAAAUGAUUUUUGAUUAUUUGUCUUCUUUUAGUCAAUCUUUUUGAAACAUAAUAUUCUUGAAUGACAACGAAAAUAAUUUCCCAAAAAGUUUUCCUUGUACUUUAAAUCAAAGAAGUUAACAAGAUAAUUACGUAGUCAUAUUUAUAUACUAACAGCAUUUAUAUAAAAACUGUGUUCAUCUUAGUUGUAAACUAUAUAUUUGUGCAAUAUUUUAAAGAAAGGUGCAUUUUUACUGUAUACAAAUUAUCUUUUAUUUUGAUUGUUUAAAUGAAUCUGUUUAAGAUACUUUUGGGUUGUAAGUUGUAUCUCUGGUAAAUGUAACAUUUACUGCAGGUUAUUGUAUCUUUGGUAAAUGUAACAUUUACUGCAGGUUAUUAUUGUAUCUCUGGUAAAUGUAACAUUUAUUGCAGGUUAUUAUUGAGAAUAUUUAGUUUUUAGGUAGGAAAGCUUAUAAGAUGAAAGUGGGGAAGAAGACAUUUAUUAUUUUCAUUUAUUUCAUCAGACUAAUUCAUUAUCCAUUGCAUGAUAAGUUUUUUCUACCAUAAAUUCAGAAAUGGUGUUGCAUUUAACAGAAUAUCAUUGCUUUGGAAAGAUUAAUGUAGAUGUCAAGUACAGCGACAUAGAGAAUGAAUUGUAAUUUACUUGUAUGGAAGUAUUAAUUCUGAAAUGGUCAAUUGAAGUUUUAUUAUGUCUCAUGUAAAAUAACAAACAGUGCACUAGUUAUAUUUAUUUGACGAUACAAUUUCCAUCCAUAUUCAACCUGGGAAACACCUGAAUAACCAUGUAUUUCAAAGUGGAAUUCUAGGAAUAUAUACAUUUCUGAUAAAUUUAAUAAUAAUAAAAAACAUUAAAUUCAAAUCAGCUUGAUCUGAAGUGUCUGUGUAAGAAAAACAUUUUAUUCAUUGUUAAAUCAUUGUCUUGUUCUUUUAGCCAUAUUACUCAACCAAAUAUUUCUGUUAAGUUUCCUAAAGUAUUCUCAUUUGAAAUUAAAUUCCUAUUCUUUGGAAAUGAUCAUGCAAUUGAAAUUCUACAAAUCCACAGUUUAUUUCUAGUGCAAAUGGUUUAAUUAUUAAUUAAAUUGUAAAAGAACUACUCUAAAUUUGUUCAGGUUCUGAUUAAUGAGAUGUCAACCAAAUUGUGUAUAAAUGAAUGUUGGUGGAAUAACUUGCUUUAGAGAUAACUCUUGUUUUUUUAUUAUUAAUUUUAGAAGCCAAAAUUUGUUAGUUAUAUAGUUUUCAUGUUUUCAUGAUUGUUGUUUCACAGAUGUAAUCUUAUCAAAAUAUAUAUCUGUUGUGUUGCUGUCAAUAAAUGGUUGUCCUCAAA